GCAAGGGAGGGAAGAGGGCGAGCGCAACAAAACAGCCGACGGCUACGCAAGCGCGUCGGAACGUCGCGACGAGCCGCAGCCCCGCGACAUUCGGAAGCCAGCGGCGCCGGCGCCGACCUGCUUUGGGACCGUCGCCCCGCCGGAAGUCCGAGGGAACCCCCCAAGAUGUCCGAGGGGCUGCUUAGGAGGAACUCCGGCAAACAGGGUCUCCAGAACCUCAUCAGGCUGACGGCUCAGAGGAGCGCCGAGGACGCCGAGGAGGUCGAGCGAGAACGCCGGCGGCGGGCCCGGGAGGACGUCGGCCGGAGGACGGGCCGCGCCCACCACGACCACGCCCUGCAGGCCAAGGCCGGCGGCUCGCCGUCUCCGGAGGAGGACGAAGGCUUCGGCGAUUGGACGCGGCGCAGAGAGCAGACGGGACAGCGGCGCCUCCCGGAGGUCGGAGGUCGCGCAGAGGAGGAGCGUCGGGGCGCCUCGGCGGCGGAGUCGGAGGGCGCCGGUCGGGAGGAGUCGCCGGCGGGCCCGCACGACGGCCAGGAUCGGAGGAGGAGGAGGGACGAGGCCUCGCGGGUGAAGAGCUCGGACGACGACGACGGCGACGGCGAGACUUUGGGGCCGGUCAAGACGCCCGCGCACAAGAUCACAGAGAGGACAGAAUCCUUCCACCGCUCGCUGAAGAAAAGCAACAGUUUCAAGAAGACGCCAGCGCUCGUCCUCACCAGCAACAUGGACGACAAGAUGGAGCAGUACGCGCACGCCGUGGAGAACUCGCGGGAACCUCACGGGUCGAAGGCCUCGGUGGCGGAUCUCCCCGACUCGCCGGAGGCCGUCACCUCCAGAAAGAGUUUGUUCGAGGCCCGUGAGGCGUGGACCGGCGGCCCGCCCAAAACAACUUCUUGUCGGGACGCUGAUGGCUUAAGGGUGGGUGUGGCCAACCUGAUCACCCGGUGGGUUAAGGGCCAACCCGACGGCGGCCGACCUCCGCAUAACCCGUCAGGGCGCGAGUCGACAAAGGAUGUGAAGUGUGGAGAUGUCAUGCAGAAGAAGAACAUGUGGGAGGUUCUUGGAGAUUCGUCAGGGAGGUCCGCCGCAAACGCCAAGGGCUCAGGAGCAUCGAGUAAGAAGUUCAAGUUUGUGGUGACGGGACACGGCAAGUAUGAGAAGAUCUCGCUGGAUCAGGAACACGCCAUGAACGGAAAGUCGGAUUCCCGUCCAGGAGACUACUGAGGCCGUCUCGCCCCAGCCACCGAGGCCCCCGCGACACUUUGCCGAACAUCACGCGUUAGACAAUCGCAAAUUUGUUUUCGGGGGGUGUUGUGUACAUACGCUUAUCUGCUAUUGUUUGUCAGCGGUACAUUUUGCGGCACGUACGUUUACAUGGUUUCUGUUCGCUGUUCGCAAUCACUUCCUGUUUCCCUUUCAGCCAUUGAGGCCUUUUUGUUUUCUCCUUAAAACGUCCGCGUUUGUAUUUCCCCUUUUACCUUGAUGAAAGUCUUUUUUAUACUUACGAUACUUCCUUCCUAUUUACAUACAUAGUCCUCAGGACCGUGAGGCAACCGCUUUACAGCUGUGCUGCCUUGCCGCCCUUAAUGCCGUACAUUAAAAAAGGUUAUUUUCCA